AUUUUCGGAGCUUCGGAGCUCGGUGGUUAGAAGAAGUGCAAGUGGUGCGUUCUUGGCUGAACGACAUAAAUCCCACCCAUUGUAUAAUCAUCAUAAAACGAACUUCCCUUUUGGCAAACAGUUCUUAGAUUAUUAUUUUUUGAAGAGAAAAAGAGAACAAUGGUAGCCUCCGUUGUAUCCACCGAGAGCACCAACUCAACGGCUUCCAAGUCGUCUUCCGGCGGCGGUGGUGCCCCCAAGCCAAUGCCCAUGGCAGUCAUGAGGAAUGCCCACGAGGUGAUCCGUGGGGCCAUGGAUGAUAUUCAAGAGUCUAUCGACAAUGGUGACUUCGAAGCGGCCCGCGCCGCGUGGACCCAGUUCAAUCGCUUUAGUGAUUUGCACAUGAAGAUGGAAGAGGGACGGAAGGGGAGCAACGCCAAGGGUCUGUUUGCCAUGGUGGAUGAACAUGCGGACAAGGCAGCUCGCAAAGCCGGUCUUCGUGACCAUCACAUGAACCUCUACGAGCUCGAGGAGGAUGUGGUGGAUAUUUUUGACAAGGCGCCAGAUAUCGAUCGCGCCAGGGAAGUGUACCCCAUCUUUCGACAAGAAAACGAAUCCCAUUUGAAAGAGGAAGAAGAUGUGCUGAUGCCGGCCAUUCAGAAAAUGAUCAAGAGCGGUGUCCCCGUCAAGAAGUACAUUGAGACCGACAUUAUCCCUCUGCUCUUGGCGAAAGAAGGGGAUAUGGAAUUCUUCAUCAAGUUCAGCAAUGAAGUCUUGAUACGUCAUGACAAUGUAGACGGCAAACCUCGUGUACGCGUUUGGAACCAUGCUCUUUGGUCGGUGGCAACUCCGGAACAAUGGAAGGAAUGGGAUGCUUGGAUCAAGGAGGUUCUGCCGGAGGGAAAAUAUGCUGAAGUUGACAAUGCCAUCCAGGCCUUUCGUAAUGAGCAAAAGGCCAAGAAACAAGCCAAAAAGGACGCAGAAGCGGCAAAGGAAGUGCCUCCCAUUGCGAAUAUUGACGUGGGAGGACGGAGCCGAUCCAGAAGUCCCAAGCAGUUUUUCAAAAAAAUCUUUUCUUAAGGUACUGUACGGUGCGGUGGCUUGCCGUGUGGAUCGGAGGGCUGGUGGUGGCUUCUUGGAAAAGAGCGCUCUUCUUCCUGCUUGUGGAUAUACCCUCUGCGUUGAAUAUACAAAAGACAAUCUAUAUGGUACAUAUUGCUGAUGAAACGGCCGAAAGCAAAGUCAAUGGGCAACACGCUCUUAAAAUUUAAGACAACAAAACAUGUUUGG